AUGAGUACAUAUAAACCGGUCCCCAAGCUCUCCAGUCACUCUCCUGUCUAUCACACCAUCUUGAGGACCCAGGCUGCAAGCAGACCCUUUAAGAAGGAAGAAUUAAACCUGAUUUCGAGGGAUUCCUUAGAAUCAGAUUCAGAAAGCCUUCCUCAAGAGAAUCGGUUUCAGUCCGAAACUGAGGACCGAAUCCAGCACAAAGACAUGGAGCCUGACAGCUUAGGAGAGGACAGCCCUGACAGCCUCGGAGGGACAGAGGAGGUGGUGAACAGAAAAGCAGCCCACAGCGCCAACAAGGAAAACCUGGCAUCCCAAAGUGGCGCUGGGAAUCACAGCCAGCUUCAGAUAGAAGACAAGUAUUCAGACCUCCGAUAUGACCCCAAUUGGAAGAAUAAGAAAGAUGAGGGGCAGCUAUUGACUGUUGAGGCAUUGCCAGGGUCUGCUGCUAGCUCUUCAGAAACCCUGCCUUUUGCUCCACUCUACCCUUCCAGGGAGCCAUCCAUGGGGCUCUCAAGGGGGGAAGGAAAAGAGAAGAGGAGUACUCAAAGCGAAGCUUCCUUACUUGGAAGCGAAUUUCUAAGCCCAAGGUAUGAGAAUGGCAUCCAUCAAAACGACUCCUUUUCAGAACUAAGCGACAGUGACCAGGAGGAGAAAUCCAGCGACCUGUCUCAAUACCUAAAGAGUUCAAGCUCACACAACGAAGUUUUCCUGCCGGGAUCACGUGGCCCUCGCAGAAGGAAGUCCAAGCAAUAUUUUGUGGAAAAAAACAAGCUGACUUUGGGAUUACCUACCCCUAAGACAGAUUCUUACCUUCAACUUCACAAUAGAAAGAGAGGAGAGACUCGCCUCGAACAGGUUUCCGGCCCCAUCAGAGCCACCGGCAACACGGCUAUCGAGAAUGACAAAGAAGUCGAACACACUUCUAUGGAUCCUGAGGACAAAUGGCAUCAGAGAGCAGAGCAGCUCAAGAAUUACCAAGAACAUUUGUCACAGCAUGAAGACACAAAGUCAGGCAACGUCCCAAGAGGUCAGUCCUCCAAUGCAGCCAACGGCCAGCAAACUUCCAGAAAAGCAGCCAAAGCCAGAGCUCGGAAACACAGGAGACACCAAAGUGGCCUGAAGUCUCAUGGGACCAAAGAGCUUGCUGUUAGUCAAAAAAAUCAGAAUAACCCUUUUCAACAACCUCAAAACCAAAGGCAGCCUAGGGAUGCCUCGGCAAAGUAUGAGCUGCCUGCUCAUAUGAACGUUUCCAACACCAAUUUACAGGACUCCAGAGCACUCACCCACAAUCCCAAAGCCACCUCUGACACAUUCAUUCUACCCAAGCAUGCUUUUGACAGAGCAUUGUAUAAAAACCCUGUCUCAGGAAUGAACACUAAUAAAAAAAGAGGACACAGACAUAAAGACGAGAAAAUAUUUUUCUAUCAGCAGCAACCCAUUUACAUGCUUUCUGAUAUGGAUCUGCGUGACUUUAAUGAACUUUCUUACAGACACAUGUCCCUGAGCCAGAAAGGCUCUCAGUCUAAUUAUGACACAAAUAAACACAGGUCAAUGAAGACCAAGAAGCAAUCCAAACAGCCGCAGGUGGAGACAAAAUACAAGAACAUAGAGAUGCUCUGGAAAUUCCACUCUUCCUCAGACAUAAAGCCCGUUAGUGCCUCUCCAGAUUCCCGGCUCGCCCAGAUCAUGGAGCAGCACCAGCAAGCCUUGGUGCAGCUAGCAGAGGUGCAGCCCAGCGAGGGCUCCUUGUCCAGCGUUACACUCCCGCCUAUCCUGUCCAGCGUAGAGAGUGAAUCUCAGCUCAACUCAGAGAGAAGCUACAGCCGGCAGAUGAAGAUGACCCGUAGUAAUUCAGAAGGCUACCUGCUUCAGCUGGAAAGAGGAAAGCAACCCAGGAAACGAAGUGGCACGAAGAGUUCCAAGCUGAAAGGUUAUCAGAAAAGAGACGUGAAGCUUGGAGGCCUGGGACCUGACUUUGAGUCCGUCAGAGACAAAAUGCAAAAGCUAAUGCAGCAAAAAGAAUAUGCAAAGCAAGUCAAGGAAUACAACAUGAAGACUCUCGCCCUGUCCAAACCGCAGACAGCAAAAUCUGAAACUAAGUCAGUGAUUUCUCGGCAGAAGGCUUUGGAAUAUGCUAAGACCAUCCCCAAACCCAAACCACCAAAUCUGACUGACGAAGCCACAAAGAAAAGUAAAAAUGUGAGGAACAGUGAAAAAGAAGGAAGCUUGCCAGACAUCUCCCUGCUGGAGAUCCUGCAGAGCAGACACGAGAGGGAGAAGCAGGCCGUGGCCGCUUUCAAAGUCCUUCAUAUUGUCUAGACAGCGGUUAGUGGGGAU